UCUCCAGCGAGGGGGGUGGUUUGAACCUUUAGUGUCAAGCGGCGUGCGUGUGUCUCUUUCUCUCUCUCGGGUACUGGAUUAUGUGGAGUUGUCUGCACGAAUGCAAAGUUAACCUCUUCUUUUUAGGACUUUGAAUGCUUUCGGACAUUUAUUCUGAACUCUGUGAGAAGAUGGAUAACAUGGAAGAUUCGAGUAAUUGUUCUGUCAGUGUCCUGACCUGGGAGCAGGUGAGCCGGCUGAAUGAAGUCCUGACGGAGCCUGUGCCUGUUCAUGGACGGGGGAACUUCCCUACCUUAGAGGUGCGACUGAAAGACAUUGUGGCUUGGGUGCGCUCUCGCCUUGAGCUGAGUGGCAUCAAAGUAAAGGACGUAAGGCUCAACGGCUCCACAGCCAGCCACGUGCUGGUGCAGGAUAUUGGCUGGAGCUACAAGGAUCUGGAUGUCAUCUUCAGGGUAGACCUGCCACACGAGGCAGAGUUCAGGCUCAUUAAGGAUGUGGUGCUGGGUACUGUGCUAGACUUUUUACCCGAGGGUGUGAACAAGCAGAAAAUUACACCCAUGACUCUCAAAGAGGCUUAUGUUCAGAAGCUAGUGAAGGUCAACACAGAGCAGGACCGCUGGAGCCUCAUCUCCUUGUCCAACAAUAAUGGCCGCAAUGUGGAGCUGAAGUUUGUGGACUUCAUACGUCGCCAGUUUGAGUUCAGUGUGGACUCGUUUCAGAUUGUGCUGGACUCUAUGCUUGCCUACUACGAGGAGGCAGAGACGCCCAUGUCACAGGCCUUUCACCCCGCUGUGAGUAGCGAGAGCAUGUACGGGGACUUCAACAUGGCUCUGAGCCACCUGCGGAACAAGCUCAUCGCCACCAAGCGGCCUGAGGAGAUUCGUGGAGGUGGCCUGCUGAAAUACUGCAAUCUGCUGGUGCGGGACUUCAGGCCUGCCAGUGAGGAGGAGUUCAAGGGCCUGGAGCGGUACAUGUGCUCACGCUUCUUCAUUGACUUUCCUGACAUCAGUGAGCAGCAACGCAAAGUGGAGGCCUACCUCCAGAGCCACUUUAUUGGAGAGGAGAAGAGCAAGUAUGACUACCUCAUGAUCCUGCGGCGAGUGGUCAAUGAGAGCACAGUGUGCCUCAUGGGCCAUGAGCGCCGCCAGACCCUCCACCUCAUCUCGCUGAUGGCCUUCCGCGUCCUGGCAGAGCAGAACGCCAUCCCCGAUGCGUCCUGCGUCACCUGCUACUAUCAGCCUGCGCCUUAUGUCCAAGACCACAACUUCAGCAACUACUAUGUGGCUAACCAGAACAUUCCAACAUGGCUGCCUUGUAACUGACAAAACAAACGCAUGGAAAGAUGCACAAGAGAUGCCACUGCUGCUGCUUUUCAGAAGAGAGAAGGAAUUUAAAAACUGCCAAAAAAAAUUUAUAUAGAGGCAAUAAAUGCUGUGUUCCUCUCAAGGCACAACUAUAUUUAAAUGGACAAAAGUGUUUUGCUUUGUUUUUUGGAAUCCUUUCUCAUUCCUUAUCUACAGAGGUGUCUAGAUCAUUGAAUAGAAAGUGAUAUUUUUAAGUGUUAUUGAGCUUUUUUUUUUUCCCCCCCCCUCAUCAUGUUUGGUUGUUUCUUAAUGGAGUUGUGUUUUGUGCCUUAACCUCCAGGUUUACCCCCCUUUAAUUUACAUGCGGGCAAUUUUGUGAUUAAGGGAAGAAGAAAAUGUUGUAGCCUUGACUUUGAUUUUCGUCUGUGAUUUAAAAAAAAAAAAAAAAAAAAAAAAAAAA